AUGGAUCAAGAAAGUCAACACAAAGGAAUACAGUUACCUGCUCUUCUGAUUACUGGGAAGAUCUUGUGUGUGAAGAAAAGGAAAAACAGUAUACAAAGUUCUGAAUCAAUAGAAAAACAACCGUCCACUAAUGCUAUGUACAGAAUAGACAUCUUAGUGAAGGAGAAACAUGGAGACCCAUAUAUGGUUCCUAAUACAGCUUUUGAUGUUGGAAUGCUGGAUCUGAACAAUCCACAGACAAAAAGUUGGUUCAAACAGAUUUUGCAAGAAAAGGUGGUUGAUUUUAGUGAAGGCCUGCCAUUUGACGCUUGCCUUUAUUCAGGUGAAGAUCCAAUUACGGCCCAUAAUAGAUACCCAGAGCUACGGGCAAAAAUAAACUGGGAAUUUGUAGAAGAAUGGAAAAGUAGUCUUGUGGGUAAGGAGAAGGAAGAUCCGAAGAGGCCCUGGUUUUCUUCAUGA